AUGGCUGGGCGCGGGCUAGGUACGGGGCCGGGCGCUGGGCGAGAAACAGGGCCGGGCGCUGGGCAGGAGUGGGGCCGGGUGCUGGGCAGGUACUGGGCCGAGCGCUGGGCAGGUACGGGGCCGGGCGCUGGGCUAGGAACGGGGCCGGGCGCUGGGCAGGUACGGGGCCGGGCGCUGGGCGAGGGACGAGGCCGGGCGCUGGGCAGGUACGGGGCCGGGCGCUGGGCAGGUACGGGGCCGGGCGCUGGGCAGGUACGGGGCCGGGCGCUGGGCAGGUACGGGGCCGGGCGCUGGGCAGGUACGGGACCGGGCGCUGGGCAGGUACAGGGCCGGGCGCUGGGCAGGUACGGGGCCGGACGCUGGGCAGGUACGGGGCCGGGCGCUGGGCAGGUACGGGGGCGGGCGCAGGGCAGGUACGGGGCCGGGCUCUGGGCAGGUACGGGGCCGGGCGCUGGGCAGGUACGGGGCCGGGCGCUGGGCAGGUACGGGGUCGGGCGCUGGGCAGGUACGGGGCCGGGCGCUGGGCAGGUACGGGGCCGGACGCAGGGCAGGUACGGGGCCAGGCUCUGGGCAGGUACGGGGCCGGGCGCUGGGCAGGUACGGGGCCGGGCGCUGGGCAGGUACGGGGCCGGGCUCUGGGCAGGUACGGGGCCGGGCGCUGGGCAGGUACGGGGCCGGGCGCUGGGCAGGUACGGGGUCGGGCGCUGGGCAGGUACGGGGCCGGGCGCUGGGCAGGUACGGGGCCGGGCGUUGGGCGCGGAACGGAGGCCGGGCGCGAGGCUAGGUACGGGCCGAUCGCUGGCUAAGUACGGGCCGGGCGCGGGCUAG